UGAAAAGAAGCCAACAGAUGAUGAUACAGGUGGAUAGCUCUGUAACCUCCCACCUUCACCCUGCUACAGCCGACAGCACCCACAUCCUAGAAGCUCACACACGCAGUCACUGCUCAUUCACACACCUUGUUCUCCAGCUCCGAGCUUCAAGCUUUCGUCUCACCUGAUCAAGGGAACAGAUUAACUGACUCAGCAGUCCAGAGACCUACAGGUAAGCGAAAAUGUUCAGUCGUUGGAAAGGACGAACUGGGAAGAUGUUCCUGAUGCUGGUGGUGGCCAGCUGUCUGACCUUCAUUGCUAGGUUGGUCUACCUCUCUGCAGUGAAUGGUCCCCAUCCGCAGGUGAAGAAGGUGACGGGCAACGACUCUUUCAUCUUCACCAUCCUGCGGAACCCAGACAGCGUGGCAGAGUCGGCGUUUAUCUACUGUCACAAUGAUGUACCGGCCUUUCGUGCCGUGAAGACCCUGACUGAGUUUGUGAGGAAGCUGGACAAGGAGUUCAAACUGCAAGGGAGCAACAACCACCUCGCCCAUAACGUGUUGUGGUUCGAUCUUGGUGGGGACGCGGAGGCAGGGGCUGAAGGACCUCACGUUGACCAAACCCUCAAGGAGUUCGACUCUACCUUCCAUCUGGUCUUGCUGGCCGAGUACUUUGACCAGUCGCUGGUCUUGUUGCGGGAGGCUCUCUGUUGGGACAUGGAGGACAUGGUGUCCUUCCAGCUCAACGCCCGUGACCCCUCGACCAGAAGCUCACUCCCCCCUGAUCUUCUCUCCACCCUCCAGCGCUGGAAUGCCCUGGACUGGCAUCUCUACCGCCACUUCAACACGUCCUUCUGGCAACAGGUGGAACGGUACGGGGUGGACAGGAUGGAGAGAGAUGUCAAGCAUAUCCGCCAUCUUCGCCAGAAAAUCCAAGAUAUCUGUCUGCAAAGCAGCACACCUGUGGCCAAAAGCAAGAGCUCCAGUUACAUCAAAUCACCCGACUAUGGCUGGGCCAAGAUCACUGGAUAUCUCCUGAAAGACAACUUGACCAGAGAAACCAAGGAAAUGUGCAUCAAGAUGGUUCUCCCAGAGGGCACGUAUCUCAAUCGUCUACAGAGAAAGCAGGGGUAGACAACCCUUGCACCUCAGCAAGGUGACUCCGGCCAGCGUGUAGAAAGGUGUUAGUGUUUAGUCAUGAACCAAUGGUGCUUGAGGGAGCGUAGAAUAGUACAGCACAGGACCAGGAUAUUCGGCCCACAAUGUCCGUGCCGGACAUGACGUCAGGUUAAACUGAUCUCCUCUCCCUGUACAUGAUCUAUAUCAUAGAAACAUAGAAAAUAGGUGCAGGAGUAGGACAUUUGGCCCUUCUAGACAGCACCGCCAUUUAAUAUGAUCAUGGAUGAUCAUCCAGAAUCAGUACCCCGUUCCUGCUUUCUCCCCAUAUCCCCUGAUUCCUUUAGCCCAAAGAGCUAAAUCCAACUCUCUUGAAAACAUCCAGUGAAUUGGCCUCCACUGCCUUCUGUGGCAGAGAAUUCCACAGAUUCACAACUCUCUGGGUGAAAAAGUUUCUCUCUGUCCUAAAUGUCUUACCCCUUAUUCUUAAACUGUGACCCCUGGUUCCGGACUCCCCCAACAUCGGGAAAAUUUUUCCUGCAUCUACCCUGUCCAAAUCCUCUACAAAUUUUAUAUUUUUCUAUGAGAUUACCUCUCAUCCUUCUAUAGUUCAGUGAAUACAAGCCCAGUCAACACAACCCCUAGUCUUCUUCUUUCUAAAGGAACAUCCUUUACUUCUGAGUGUGACCUCUGGUCCUCGACUCUCCCACUAGUAGAAACAUCCUCUCCACGUCCACUCUAUCCAGGCCUUUCACUACUUGGUAAGUUUCAAUAAGGUCCCCGCUCAUCUUUCCAAACUCCAGCGGCAUGGUGGCACAGUUGGUAGAGUUGUUGCCUCACAGCACCAGAAACCCCGGUUCAAUCCUCAAAAGACGUACAGGUUAGUAGGUUAAUUGGCUUGGCAUAAGUGUAAAUUGUCCCUAGUGUGUGUAGGACAGUGUUAGUGUAUGGGGUGAUCGCUGGAAGAUUCAGGGACAAUUACUUACCGGCUGUUGUCAGGCAACUGAACCGUCCUCUCACACCAACUAGAGAGCAGUCUUGACCUCCAAUCUAACUCACUGGAGACCCUCAGACUAUCUUUAAUUGGACAUUACGGGACUUUAUCUUGCACUAAACGUUAUUCCCUUUAUCCUGUAUCUGUACUGUGUGGACAGCUAGAUUGUAAUCAUGUAUAGUCUUUCCGCUGAUUGGAUAUCAGGCAACAAAAAUAAUUUUAAUUGUACCUCGAUACACGUGACAAUAAUAAACAAAUCUAUAAUCUCACAGGGAUA